GUUCAGCAGUAUGACGUCAGAGAGGCAGCGGAAACAGGUAUGAGGGACAGAAAGUACCAGAAACGGCCAGAGAAACAGAUCUAAACCUGAUAUUUCUCAGUUUCAUUUAAACCAAGCAGAUCUCAGACUGAUCGUCGAGCAUGAUGGGACGGAUUUAAAGACCGUCCGAUGAGUCUCUGAUACCGUGUGUCGUGUUUAAAUCAGUGCGUAGCUGAAGCAGGUUAGCGUUCAUGCUAAUUUAAAAUACCCAUAUGUUCUGGAAAUAUAAACAUUUAUGUUACGAAUUCUAAGAGUUGAACUGUACUCGCCGUAAUGGGGUUUAAACACAAUACAUGACGAUAUAUUGUCUUUUGGAGUUAGUUUAGAGUCCCUCGCACGUAACGUAAACAGAAAAGGACACGUAGCGUUAGAUAACGUUACACAGAGCAGUGACUGUAUUUACAUGAACACAUCUUUUCUGUUCGGCCUUCUGAAACAGAUCCUCAUAUUUAUUUGUAUUUAAGAGGAGUUUACUUUUUUGUGGAGAACUUGUGAUCUAUAAAAGGACACCUGGUUUCUUCUGGACUGGGAUUGGUUUGGACACGUAUCCCUGUGAAGUCUACACUGAGAAGCAGUCAGGAUGCCUCUGCUGUUUCUGGAGCGCUUCCCCUGGCCCAGUUUACAGACAUACACAGCCCUGAGCACGCUUCUGCUGGCCGGGACCAUCUUGAGUGCCUACAGCACGGUCCGAGACUCAGAGCCCCCCUCUACACGGACGGAGGACUCACACAGAGCACCUGAGGAGCAGCUGGAGCUGGAGCAGCCGGACACCGUGGCCUCUAGUGUGCGGCUGUUCCUCAUCACGGACAGUCUCUUCGUCUGGGUGAUGGUGAACACGGCGUGCUGCAUCCUCAUGUUAAUAGCUAAAGGGAUCCAGUGCAUCGUGUUUGGACCGCUGAGAGUCAGCGAGAAGCAGCAUCUGAAAGAUAAGUUCUGGAACUUCGUCUUCUACAAGUUCAUCUUCAUCUUCGGCGUGCUGAACGUGCAGCGGGUGGAGGAGGUGGUGCUGUGGUGUCUGUGGUUCUCCGUGCUCAUCUUCCUUCAUUUGAUGGUGCAGCUCUGCAAAGACCGCUUCGAAUAUCUCUCGUUCUCUCCCACUACUCCGAUGAGCAGCCAUGUGCGAGUGUUGGCUCUGCUGGCGUCUGUUCUGGUGUGCUGUGGCGGUCUAGCAGUGCUCAGCGCUCUAGUCGGACAUCAUCACGGCAUGCACACUGUUGCUUUCAUGGCAGCCGAGUGUUUGCUGGUGACGGUGCGCACAGGACACGUCAUCAUACGGUAUUCUAUUCACUUGUGGGACCUGAACCAUGAGGGGACCUGGGAGAACAAGAGCUCGUAUAUCUACUACACAGACUUCAUCAUGGAGUUAGCCAUCCUCUGCCUAGACCUGAUGCAUCACAUCCAUAUGCUGCUCUUUGGGAACAUCUGGUUGUCCAUGGCUAGUCUUGUGAUCUUUAUGCAGCUGCGCUAUCUCUUUCACGAGGUGCAGAGAAGAAUCCGCCGCCAUAAAAACUACCUGCGUGUUAUUGACAAUAUGGAGUCCAGGUUUGCUGUGGCAACGUCUGAUGAGCUGCUGGCUAAUAACGAUGAUUGUGCCAUCUGCUGGGAUUCAAUGACUACAGCACGCAAGCUGCCCUGUGGACAUCUUUUCCAUAAUUCCUGUCUGCGCUCUUGGCUGGAGCAGGACACUUCCUGUCCCACGUGCCGUAUGUCACUGAACAUUAAUGAAGGCGUGAGGGAGAGAGAGGAGGGCCAGAGGGUGCCGCUGGAUGAUAACAUAGCUGCUGGACCGGGAACAGAGGCCCGGCCGCACCUCAACCAGCAUAACCACUUCUUCCACUUUGAUGGGUCCCGCAUUGCCAGUUGGCUGCCAAGCUUCUCUGUGGAGGUCAUGCACACCACCAGCAUCCUUGGUAUCGCACAGGCCAACAACUCGCAGCUCAAUGCCAUGGCCCAUCAGAUCCAGGAAAUGUUUCCUCAGGUCCCUUACCAUCUGAUCCUGCAGGAUUUGCAGCUUACACGCUCUGUUGAGGUCACCACCGAUAACAUCCUGGAGGGUAGGAUCCAGGUGCCUUUCCCAACACAGACUGUGGAGCGUACACCCAUACAAGUAAACACUGCUUCUGAAGAGUCCGCGGGUGCCAGCAGUUCAGAGGUGGCUGCGCCUGAGGCGGAAGACUUUGAGGUGCGGGGGAGCCGCUUUUCCAAGUCCGCAGAUGAGAGGCAGAGGAUGCUAAUGCAGAGGAAGGAGGAGCUACUCCAAAGAGCGCGCAGACGUUAUCUACACAAAAAAUCUGAUGAAGGAGAUGUGUUUUCUGCUCCUGCUGCUGAUAAUGAUGAUGCCAUGCCCUCCAUGGAGGAUGAAGACUCAGAUUCAUUGACCUUGAGGCGCAGAAGAAUGGCGGCUGCAGCCGAGAGACGCAUGCAGAGGCACGAGCCUCCCCCAUUUUGAGUCGAGCAAAAACAUGGAUGAUGCCUGUGGUACGGCCAAGCUGUCAUACAAUUUUGGGCUGAUCAAUGCACAUUUGUGCUAGAUGCAACCAUAUAUGUAUAUGUACCCAUCAAACAUUUCAGUGAAAUAAUAUAUGUCGUCAUUGCCGCACCAGUGAAUUAUAGUAAAAAUUUUGGCAAGCAUCAAAUAAAAGAAAAAGACACAUUCAACUUUCAUUUAUGUUUCUUCCAUAGACAAAAUCAUUUUUAAAAUGUUAGUACCUAAACAAGAGCAUGGUUUGGACAGCUGCUCACAUAUGUUAAAAACGAAAUGAAUAGAAAAAGUUUUGGUUCCUGAGUUUGAAUUUCUUUUCACUUUUGGAAUGCCUCAUUUCUUAAAUGUCUUUGUACGAAUUGGACAAUUUUAACAAUAUUAUGUUGAUUACUAACAGUUCAAUUCUAGAGCUUAAGAAACAAACAACAUGCUGGAAUUUAGAGUUUUUCUUUCGCCAGAAAAUAUCCUUACAAUUUUGCUGCUAUUUAGCAUUUGAAUCUGUAUUUAAGUCAGUUUGGUUGGCUCAUGUGCUCCAAAAGAGACAAUCUUGCGAGUUUGAGCAUACAAUCUCAUGUGCUCCCAGCAUUUGAGUCUCCGAAGACCGUUAAAAAGCAAAGUGGCAUAGAUCCUAGUGUCUGUCCUCUCAUUGUUGUGACAACAAAUUGCUCUGUGCAUCAUUUAGUCACAUGAUCAUUUAGUUCAUUUAGUCACAUGAUCUUGCUUCUCUAGUGUUGUCAUUCAGAACAGCCAUGCUUUUUUUUUCAUUUAUCUUUCAUUCUGAACUUAUACUGGAGGUUAUAUAGUGAGGAAAUGUUUCCUUUCCUCUCUCUGUUUUGUGCUACAGUAAAAGAGAAGGGUAUGGUCCUUAGUCAGGGUAGAUGUUCAACGUUGUCCUGUUUUAAUUUUCAUAAAACUUUUUAAUUUGGUUCAAAUUAAAUGAAUCAUUUACCCUGACUAAAGACCUUUUCAAUAGGUUAUUUAAACUUAACAAUAGGUUAUUUAAACUUAACAAACACAAUUAUGGUUAAUAGGUCAGUUUUGUAGCUUUUUGUUGUCAGGGUUUUAUUGUGUUUGUAUUUGAAUGGUUUGUAUUUGAAUAGACCUUUAUUUGUCAGCGUACUAAUGUACUAAUGCCUAAAAAUGCUUGUUUUUUACUGGCACAUGACAUAAUGAAUUUUUACAGGAUAAUUUGGCAUGGAUGCUGCAAACAAUUCAGAAUCUUGCAUGUUGAGUUUGAAGUGAACAAGCUUUUCAUGUAAUAGCACGUGACUUUUAAUUUGCAUUUGUCUUCUGUUAAGAAAAAAAAAAUCAAUCCCAACCAUAAUAACCAUGGCCACUUAUACAGAUUAUUUAAUCAAGAACUUAUUGGCUUUAUGGCCUGUUUGUCGACCUCAAAAAAAAAAAAAAAGUACAUCUUCAGAACUGACUCUGAUGUUUUACACUGUGAAUCUAUUCUAUCAAAUAUUUUUAGCGUCAUACAUGGACAUUUUUUUUUUUUUUUUUACCUUUCAUGUGGACGUCUUUUUCUAUGCAUGAAAUCACUGACUGUUGUGUUCGUAUUUGUUUUCCUGAUCAACUUUCCCAAAGACUCUCCUAAUGAUUUACUUUAAUGAAGCUGGUUAUUGUGAUUGUAAUGACUGCAGGUCGAUGUAGAAUAUGUUUGUUUUGGUUGCACUGAUGCACCUUUCAGCAGUAUUUCUUAAUAAAAACAAAAAACAAAAAUUGUAUUCAUGAAAUCCACUGGAAUGAUUCAGAUAAUAAUACAUGAUUUGGUUGGUGGUCAUGCUGUUUGCUGGAAAGCAGAGAGAAGUGUUCAAUUGCUUUAUGUACACAAUUCAUUCAUUUGUGCCUACAGUGGAUCAAUAAUGCUUUGAUUUGUGUAAAUAUUUUUGUAAUAAAGAUUGUAAAAUACAUGUGAAAUGACCCUGUACAAAAUAAAAGUCACAGCUGCUUUAGAAGCUUUUACCCACA